UAAAUCAGGAAGAGCGCGUGUUCCCGAACAUCUGAAGCGCAGGAUUGUUUAUUGAGCUCCCGGAGCCACGCGCCUGGCUUGCAAAACCAGUGAACAGAAGAAAGCGAGCAGCCGGGCGGGGCUUGGAGUGGAGCGUGCGACUCCAACAGGGGGUGGGGUGUGGACGCGUGUUGAAAAAGAGGAGUGCUGCCAAAGUUUGCUUCAGAUCGGCUACUGGAGUAGGUGCUUGUAGGUUAGGAGGAUCCAAGUCCUGUGCACUCCAGCCACACGCCCCACGCGAACGCCACGAGAGCAACACACAAACAACACUGUUGGCCUGUCAACUUUUACAACAACAUCAGUGGCCAUUUUUUAAAAGCGAUGGAUAGCACCAUUGCAACUGCACAGAUCAUGCAAAGUGCAUACAGUUUUGGACUUGAGAGCCGCGGCGUUGUUGCCCUACAAGCCUCCACACAGGAGUGUGGUGGCGGCUCCGUGCUCCCCUCUUCCAAUAGCAAGAGCAAGGUGCUGAAGAGGCAGCGAUCCAGCUCGCCAGAGCUGCUGAGGUGCAAGAGGAGACUAAGCUUUAACGGGCUCGGAUACACAAUCCCACAGCAGCAACCUGUAGCGGUGGCAAGGCGGAAUGAAAGGGAGAGGAAUCGAGUCAAGCUGGUGAACAUGGGCUUCCAGACCCUCCGCCAACACGUUCCGAACGGGGCUGCCAACAAGAAGAUGAGUAAAGUGGAGACACUGAGGUCGGCAGUGGAGUAUAUCAGAGCCUUGCAGCAGCUUCUAGAUGAGCACGAUGCGGUGUCAGCUGCUUUCCAGUGCGGGGUACCCUCCCCGACCAUAUCCACAAGCUACUCCGCGGACCCCGGCUCUCCCCAUUCCACCUACUCGUCAGAUGAGGGAAGUUACGAGCAUCUCAGUUCGGAAGAGCAGGAACUACUAGAUUUCACCACUUGGUUUGACAGGUACUAAUCAGCAGAAGCUGAAAGUUGCGAUUUGGAAUGAAUUCAACCGGAGUUACCUCUUGAGAAUCACUGCUGUUUCCAUGUUACAGAUGGGUCUGUAUCCACUACCUAUACACUGUCAGACUACGAGUCGUAUCAGACAGACUUGCAGCUCGCCAGGAUUCUUUGAACAUGCUUCCAAGACAAAAGCCUGUGGACUUAUUAAAAAAAAAAAAAAAACUAAGUGCAAUUAAUAUUAUACAACGGGGACCAUGAAGAUUGAUUACUAUUUUGAAGCGGUCUAAAUGUGGUACUACUGUAGUAGUAGUAUGUGGGUGAUCCGUAUGCAUGAAAUAAAUGCUGCCACUUUUUAGCUCUUGCACCCUCGGCUCUUUUGGAAAUAACACUGCACACUUUGAUGCUUCCUUUUAUAUAUAUAUAUAAAAACAGUUUAGAUAUAUUUUAAAUUGAUGUACAAUUUCUAUUUUGUAUUUGUUCUCGUUGCAUUAUAUGAAGACGUAUUUUUGUACAUAAAGCGAAUGAAAAAAAAAUAGUUUCGUUAGGAGAGCAUUGGCAUGCAGGUCUGUAAACCUCUGUCCUAUUGGAAUCUGUAGUUUACACAUGUGGUGUGUCUAUUGGUGUAAUCGUAGUGCUGUUCACACUCAUUAAGUAUGAUUGAAGGUUUUUUUUUAAAUGUAUGGAAAGCGUUUUAUGUCUGCACUUGUGUCUCCCCCUCUGUUUCUACUAAAAUGUAAAUAUGCAAUUAUUUUAAAAAGAGAUGAUAUUUUAUGUAAAAAUAGGCUUUAUAAAUAAAGAUGUUCUAUUUAUACGUCCUUUGUUGUGGUACGUUUAUGGGCGUUGUGUUGCACAGUUCACCGGUUAUCCAGUCACGCUUUAAAUAUU